AUGUCGUUUACUUUUGUUCAAAACGGACGUGCCUCGGACUCACGCUCGUUAACUCCAAUCCGCAAUUCACCAUCAGCCAAAGAAAAAGAACCACCGGAUCCAAACACGGCAAAUCCACGCCUAACUAUAAACCGCGCUCUCAUUUAUGAGCGGCGACUGCCCGGCGAUGCUUAUAUCACUGCCUAUGUCCAGCGCCUCCAGCAUGGCUAUUACUCUAGCGCAGCUGUCUCAGAUGAGGACGCCGAACACGUAGAUUUUCUCGCCCUUGCAUUCACCUUUCAUUCCCCGCACACUAUCACGCACCGCAUCAAGUCCGCCACUAUUAGUGUAUCAGUUCGUGGAAACCGUCAUCUUUCAAGUUCGAAGUCGUACCCUUAUGGAUAUCCGCCUGGUAGCCCACGCUUCCUUAUGCAUGCGCCGCACCUGAUCUACGGGACCGUUUCCCCCGAGACCAUGGAGUGGACAUUCAGUCUGGCUGGGUCCCUCGGAAUCUCAGAACUGCCUGUCAGCGCAAGCGUAAUUCCCUCGGGGAGCUUCAACGGCCGAUACAAGCGGUACGAGAUGAUGCGCAUUCAAGGCUCUGCACGUACUUUGAAAAAUCCAGCUGGCCGCGAAUUCAAUGUCGAAGCUGGCAAAAUCGUCUGGUCCAUGGAGGAGAACAAUGUGCAGCGAUCCGGUCUGCCGCGCGAGUUCACCUUUGUCAUGUUGAUCCAGAAACCCACUGCAAGCAGCAAGAUUUCCCUAUCGAUCGACGUGGACCCCGUCAUCGACGCGAUGAUUGGCAGUUACCCAUCCUUAAUGCUGAAACUGCCCGAGUACCAACCUUUGCCGCGCCGAGGUGUCAAUUUCCAACAAGAAGUCGGACAGCGGUUCGAACCCGUGGACCCGGUGCGCGGGUUCAACUUUGCAGAACUCGGUAGCAUGUUCGAUGAGUACAUCGCGAUGCCAGGAAGGAAGUUCAGCCGUCAGAUCCAAAUCCCAACUGAAACCGGCAUCCCUGACAAUCACUUUCAGGGCACCUACCCAGGGCAGUACGGGCCUCUCAACCCAAUCCCAUACCAACAACAACUGCAAACCCACAACCUGGCUCUGCAGAACAACAGCCUCUCCCUGCAGAACAACCUCCUUCAGACAACCCUACAAAACCUCUGGAUCACCCAGCCAAGGGUGGAAGAAACCCAAUCCCGCCCUCGGCAGGUAUCUUCCCAGACCCAAAAUCAAAACCAAAAUCAAAACCAAGGCCAAGGCUACUCCUCCCCCCAACCCUCCCACCCUCACCCUCACCCUCACCCUCACCCUCACCUAGCACCAACACCCCCCACCAACCCCCAAACAGCCGCAAUGACCAUCCCUCUUACCCUCCACCUCCAUCUCGACCCCGCAACCACCACCCACCCCACCAACCUGGCACGACCAAACCCAGGCCCUUCCCCCCAACUCCCACGCCGCACACCAAGCCUCCGACGCACGCAAGCGCGGGAAUUCCCCACACACACAGCGAGCGGCGCAUCAAAUAACACAUCCACGAACUCCUCGCCAAGCCUGACAGAUUCGAUGAUCCCGCACACGGACGCGCGUUUCCAGUGGGGCCGUGCUGUUUCGGAGAUUGCGGAGGGGGGUGGGGAUAGGGAUGGGGGUGAUAAGGAGUAUCAGAUGUUGCGGCGUGUCAGAAGGGAUUCGGUUGGUGGUGCUUCGUCUAUGGCUGGGCGGGUGCGUUCUGGUGGUGAGACUCGUGGGCAUGCGAAGGUUAUGAGUUUGGUUAACUCGCCACUUUCGGGGUCUUUGGUUUCUGGGUUAAAUGGAAGGUAG